CCUGCAGGUCUUCUAUGUAUCCAAAAAGACUGCUAUGACUAAAAUCCAUUUUGGAGAAGCUUAUUGGGCGCAUGUAACACCUAAAGCCUUCGGCAGCCGCCGCUGUCCGCGAGCCUCACAUCGCAGCGAGGGCGGCGGGAGCGGAGCCGGGGCUCGCCCGGCCCGGCGCGCACACUGCGGCAGCGCCGCCGGCCGCCACCCCCGCCCGGCCUCCCGCCGGCAAACUUUCCGCUCCGCCCGGGCGGGCAGGCGGCGGGGCCGGCGCCCGCAGCCCCGAGAGCCCGCUGCGGCCGCUGGUGCCCCGGCGGGCGGGAGUUUCGAGCCAAGUUUGCCCUGGUCGCUGGCCACCGCUGUCCGCAGCGAGGGCGCGGGGACCGGAGCGCCCCCGGGCGCCAGAAGGCUCGGCCGGAGCCCUGGGCUGCGGGCUCGCUGCUCACCGGCGGGGCAGGAGGGCAGGGCAGGGCGCGGAGCGCAGCGGAACAGCCCCGCCGCGGUGCCCGGGUGCCGCCUCUCCGCCCGCCCGGGAGGAGGAGGGACGGUCGCCGUGGUGCAGUGACGCUCCCCGCCCCCGUCCCGCGGCGCAGCCCCUCGGCUCCCUCCCGGGUGAGCGCCGCAGC